AUGUUAAAAGAAACUAUACAAGUUGCUUGUGUACCAUUUAAUGCACGACUUUAUAAUAAGGAUGAAUUGGAAGCAACUUUAGCAAUCUUGAGUAAAUUACAUUCAUCAGAUAGUAUUAUAAAAUUUCAUAGCACAUCAUGUGUUGAUGCAAAAAUAUUUUGGUAA